GGGAAUACAUUAUCCCAUCCUUGGCACACAGGUUUAUAGCAGAGAUGGUGGAUUUCUUUAUUCUUUUCUUUAUAAAGGCAACCAUUGUCUUAAGUAUUAUGCAUCUCAGUGGAAUAAAGGACAUUUCCAAGUUUGCUAUGCAUUAUAUAAUAGAAGAAAUAGAUGAAGACACAUCCAUGGAAGACUUGCAGAAAAUGAUGAUAGUGGCCCUUAUCUACAGGUUGUUAGUCUGCUUCUAUGAGAUUAUCUGUAUUUGGGGAGCUGGUGGGGCAACCCCAGGGAAGUUUCUGCUUGGACUUCGAGUUGUGACGUGUGAUACAUCUGUACUUAUUGCACCAAAUCGUGUGUUAGUGAUUCCAUCCUCUAAUGUUAGCAUAACAACGUCUACAAUACGAGCCUUGAUCAAGAAUUUUUCUAUUGCUUCCUUUUUUCCUGCAUUCAUUACGCUGCUAUUUUUUCAGCAUAACAGAACAGCCUAUGACAUUGUAGCAGGAACUAUUGUGGUAAGAAGAAAUGGAGUCAGAUGAUACUAAAAGAAGCCCAGAUUACCAAACUUUUUUGAACUCCUAAAAAACAAAGUAAAGAAGACCAUCAGUAUUGGUUGCCCAAAUUAACUGGAGACAGAUUCAGAUGUUAAACAAUGAGUCAUUCCAGUAUGGUGCCAGUGAUUAUCUUGAAAGUAUUGAUUUUUCUUAAAUGCCAAAGACAUUUCAGAGAAAUAGUACCUAUUCAAUUUGGAAGUAUUAACAUUAGAUUGACAGGAAGGAAACUGGUUAUAUUUAUCCAUAAAGACAGUUUCUCUCCAUCUCCAGAAAGGAGAUGCCUGGAAAUAUUGCCAUCCUAAAAAGUACUAGUUCUACAACUUGAUUAUUUUAUGGCAAAAAUAAGUUGGAGAAUGUAGUUGUGGUCUAUGUUGGUGUUUACAAAACACAUUACAGAAACUAUCCCUUAGAAGGGAUUGCAGUGUUUCUUGGGGGGAUGGAGGCAGAAAUAUAGCUAAUAAUGUGUUGCCAUUAAACCGAUACAUUGUGCGGUGGUUGGGUAUUAUCAGCCCCUAAAAGGCUUAGUGAACUCCUUCACUUCAAGCAUUGUAUUCCUUCACCACUUUUCAAAUGUGUUCUUUAAACAUGUAUUGUGGCAGGUUUUUUGCAUGAUUGUGUUAAGCAUUAAGUCACUAUUUAUGUCUAUCCUAAUGAAGAGGUAAAUUAGGUUACCACUUCUUUGUGGGAAGAAUAAAUUACUGUGGUAUUUGUGAAAUAGGUUUGUGUAAAUAACUUCAGAGCUAUAAAAUUAACAGUAUAGAUCAUGGUAACAAAAGGUGAAUAUGGUUGCUUCCGUUUGUUGGGGAAGGAAAGUUUUUACUUCCCUCAAAUUGUUGCAUAUAGACUAUGUAAACUGAUAUAAACUCCACCUAUGCAGCAUGUAGAAAAUAUCAACCAGAACACAAAUUAUAGCUAAUUUUAUAGAUAAGUUCAAAAAUUGGUUUUCACUUUAUAUUUUAAAAUUCUGCCUAAUCACUGCUAUAUGCAGAAUAACUUGGAUACCUACUGAUGAAUAAAGAAGCCUAAUAUUUUGCAUGAUUA